GGGGAGUUACCAAGCCCAGGCAGCAAAAACAUCCCGGCACAUUCCUGGGGAGUCCUCGGCUGCCAGCAUCUGAUUAGAACCACAUCUCUGGCCGGGAGUGGCCGAGCGGCUCCGAGGCUCUCCCGGCCCGCGGCUAUUUAAGCCGGGCCCGCCGAGUCAGCUGCGCUGCCGCUGAGGGCUCUGGCCACGGACAAGUCAUGCUCACUUCGUGGAGGCGCUAGCUCCUAACCUGUGUCUGUUCCAGCUUAUGUUCAUUGGAGCCAUCUCCAUUGAGGACCGUCUGUUGGCACUAAGUUUCUUCUGGUGCUGGGGUUUCCUGCCUACCCUCCUGCCAUGUCUAACGAAGUAGAAGCAAGCACAAGCAAUGGUCAGCCUGAUCCACAGGCAGCUCCGAAAGCACCAUCAAAGAAAGAGAAGAAGAAAGGCUCUGAAAAGACAGAUGAGUAUCUCUUGGCCAGAUUCAAAGGUGAUGGUGUAAAAUAUAAGGCCAAGCUAAUUGGCAUUGAUGAUGUGCCAGACGCAAGAGGGGAUAAGAUGAGCCAAGAUUCUAUGAUGAAACUAAAGGGGAUGGCAGCCGCUGGCCGGUCUCAGGGACAACACAAGCAAAGGAUCUGGGUCAACAUUUCCCUCUCUGGGAUAAAAAUAAUUGACGAGAAAACUGGGGUGAUAGAGCAUGAACAUCCAGUAAACAAGAUUUCUUUCAUUGCCCGUGAUGUCACAGACAACCGGGCGUUUGGUUAUGUAUGUGGAGGAGAAGGCCAGCAUCAAUUUUUUGCCAUAAAAACAGGGCAACAGGCUGAGCCAUUAGUUGUUGAUCUUAAAGACCUUUUCCAAGUUAUCUAUAAUGUAAAGAAAAAGGAAGAAGAGAAGAAAAAGACGGAAGAGGCCAACAAAGCAGAAGAGAAUGGCAGUGAGGCCCUACUGAACUUUGAUGAACAAACUAACAAACUGAGAUUGGGUGUUCACCAGAUGGAUUUGUUUGGGGACAUGUCUACACCUCCUGACCUAAAUAGUCCAACAGAGAGCAAAGAUAUCCUGUUAGUGGAUCUAAACUCUGAAAUCGACACCAAUCAAAAACCUUUAAGAGAAAAUCCAUUCCUAACAAAUGGCAUCACCUCCUGCUCUCUUCCUCGACCAAAGCCUCAGGCGUCCUUCUUGCCUGAAAAUGCCUUUUCUGCCAAUCUCAACUUCUUUCCCACCCCUAAUCCUGAUCCUUUCCGUGAUGAUCCUUUUGCACAGUCCGACCAAUCGACACCCUCUUCGUUUGAUUCCCUCAAAUCGCCAGAGCAGAAGAAAGAGAAUUUGAGUAGUUUGUCUGCUCCCCUGAGUAACGGGCCCCUGAAUGGCGAUGCUGAUUGCUUUGGUCAGCAGUUUGACCAGAUCUCUAACCGGACUGGCAAGCAGGAAUCUCAGGCAGGCCCGUGGCCCUUUCCGAGUACGCAAACCCAGCCGGCAGUGAGAACUCACAAUGGGGUCUCUGAAAGUGAACAGAACAGCUUCCAUACGCAAUCCUCCCCGAACCCCUUUGUGGGAAGCCCUCCCCCAGGACUCUCUGUACCGAAUGGCGUCAGACAGGACGCGGAAAGCCCUGUCCAGUCCUCACUACAUGACUCCAUAGCCAUUAUCCCACCUCCACAAAGUACCAAACCAGGAAGAGGCAGAAGGACUGCUAAGUCUUCAACAAAUGACCUGCUCGCGUCCGACAUCUUCACUCCUCCCAUCUCAGAACCUCCCAGCCAGACGUCACCCACAGGACAGUCUGCAAGCCUACAGACCAACCCUCUGGAUCUCUUCAAAUCAAGUGCUUCUGCCCCAGUGGGGGCCCUUGCAGGUCUAGGUGGGGUGCCAGUUGCACCGCCCCAGGCAGGACCCUGGAACCCAGCGUGCGUGGUCUUCAAUCAGCCGCCUCCCAUCGUCCCCGGCGCCAUCCUGAGUGCUCAACCUUCAGGUUUUGCUCAGCCGAUGGUUUUUGGUCCAAGCCCAGCAAUGCCAAGCUGGAACCAACCCGUGUCUUUCGCAGCGUCUCCUUCCCCUCCGGCCCCUGCCAUCUGGGGCCCUUCUGCCUCUGUGGCCCCCAACACAUGGUCCUCCACAAGCUCUUUAGGAAAUCCUUUCCAGAGUAACAUUUUUCCAACUCCUACUAUGUCUACCCAGAACCCUUCUGGGCUGUCCUCUCUCCUGACCACUCCUCCUCAGCCCCCUCCCAGAACUGGCCCUGCCAAGGAUAUCCCCAGUGAUGCCUUUACUGCCUUAGACCCCCUUGGGGAUACAGAAGUCAAGGAAGUGAAAGAAAUGUUUAAGGAUUUCCAACUGCGGCAGCCACCUGCUGUGCCUGCGAGGAAGGCAGAACAGCCUGCUUCUGGGACUUCAAGUGCCUUUUCCAGUUACUUCAAUAGCAAAGUUGGCAUUCCUCAGGAGAGUGCAGACCACGAUGAUUUUGAUGCUAAUCAGCUGUUGAAUAAGAUCAAUGAACCACCAAAGCCAGCUUCGAGACAAGGUACCUUGCCAGCUACCAAAUCUAUUGACAAUGCGUUUGAGAACCCUUUCUCUAAAGAUCCGUUCAGCUCAUCACAGCCCUCUAUGGUUUCUUCUCAACCUACAUCUGAUAAAAAUAGGGAUGCCUUUGGGAAUCCUUUUGCCUAACGUUGGAAAUUGAUAUGCUGAAAGUCCAGAGGAACAAAAGGGUUGGCCUUAAUAGUCAAGGACAAAGUUAGUAGCCAAACAUGUCCUGUCUGUCAUUGUUUCAGCUUUGGCAUAUUAUCUGUUGCCUUAUUUCUUGUUGCCUCUUCUACUUGUAAAACGCCUUUCACCUUUUGUCUAUGUUAACGAUAAACAAUGUAUGGCUUUAAAUAAAUUAAGAUCCUAAAAGUGCUCUAGCUUAAAAGUAAAUGAAGUAGCUUCCCUACUGAAUCUUCUUGCUGCCUAUGUCCCUAGAACCUUCUAGAACAUUCUGUCUUCUAAAUGGAAGAUACAGCCGCCACAACCCCUUAUACCAUUACUGUUUUGAGUAAAUUUUCAAGUCCCUACUGUUCAAAGGUGCUUUGGGGUUCUAGUUUAGAGCAUAAAACCUACAGACUUUUGUCAAACACAGCACCUUUUCGAAAGAAAUAUUGCUUCAGACCAUCACAGGAAAUGCCAAGGUAGAAAUGAAGCAAGUCCAACUUCUGAGACACUUUGGAAUCUAAUGCAACUAAAGGUGCUGCUGCUUCUCCUCUGACUGAAGAUCAUUUCUCCCCACGGCCCUCUAGCUAAGACAAAGGAGGGAAAAGCAUUAUUCAUUAUUCUCCCUUUCCCUCUCUCUGUUCAGUCAGUUUUGCUCCUGCGCUCAUGUAACACAUGAACCCUUCCCAUAAGCAAAAAAGACUCCCAUGACAAAUGUCUAAGAAUUCACACAUCCGGAGCGUCUCUUCAUGUGUGUUUACUGCUAGUCCCAAAAUCUAGAACUGCAAACGGACCACAGCCUGCAUCCUUCCUGUGAAACACAUCAUCCUUUUUCUAAGUUCAAGUUCUAGAAGAGCAGUUCAUGUUGGAGAAAAUUUAACUCAACUCUGAAAUGAUAAACUGAAGAGCCAACUGUCUCGCAGCUGAAUGCUACUGUGCAAAACACAACAGGUGCUUUUUGGGGGGCGGGAAGGCCUUAAUCAAGUAACUGGAAAAUGUUCCUGGAGCCAUAAUCUCAUGGCUAACAGGAAGAUAAAUGAGAGUGGAGGCCAAGUUGAAGAACAAAUAUUUGGGGUUAUCUUUGAGAAAUCUAAUGACUGCAAUAUUUUUUUUUCCCUUAUAACCUUGGAAUCUUCCCAGUUCAUUUUUAGUUCUGUUGUUAGCACAGCUCUGAAGGGUUUGUUCUUGCCAAGUUGAGUUUUGUUUUGUUUAUGGUUUUUGUUUCUUUUUUUUGGUUUUGUUUUUGUGUUUUUCUUUUUUUUAGUGUCAUCUCGUGACCCUUACUGCUCAGGUUUCUUGGGGGUAUUAAUCAUGUACAAUGUUACCUUUAGAGGAGAACAGAUGACUGCUCAGGGUCCAAACAAAGAUGGCAGCCUCCUGAGCCUGUGUUGCUUAAUCCCAAGUAGUCCAACAUAAGACCUGUGUUUUUAUGUUUAAUAGUUAAUCAUAGAUGGCAUACUUUUUCAUUGGACUUCCUCUUCAGUUAUUACAAGCACAGACUUGAAAUAGUACAUUAAAAAAAGGAAAUAGUGCAUCAAAUUUCCAAAUAUCCAAAUGUGCAAAACUGGAGGUAACUAUUACUAGGUAGUUGAAUUAUUUCAAAGUGAUGAUCAGCCACACCACUGUUUUGUAAAUACCUAUUUUCUUGUGCACUUUUCUGUAUGCAAAUAAAGCUAUAAAUGUACUCAUUUCAAUAAACUGGAAU